AGUUGGGUAGUUUUCGCGUUCGCGUCGUGUAAUUUUGUUUUCUGAUUUCAGUCAUUAAGAAUAUUAAAUCGAAAAAUUAUCACUAGAUUAUAGCCGUCCUGUGCUCCGUGGAAUACAAAGGUUACUGUUAAAUGGUUUUGUGGUGCUUUCCCAGCUCAUUGCUAUCAAUAAUUCGGUGAAGUGUAUGGUGCUGAAAGUUAUCAAAAUCCCAAGAGGAAAAGUGCGAUCCCUUAACGACCAAUCAACGAAUCGGAAGAAAGUUUGUUCCGCAGAAAGUUGUGAAAGUCUGCAUCUAGCAGUUGCAAGUCAAUAAACCAAUAAUAUUGAUUUGUGUUUGACGAUAAAUUCCGGGAUAUCAGCAGCUUACGGACAGUUGCCGUUGUUGCUCCAAUCAGAAUCAGAUUCACCGUUGACCUGUUCCGGAAUAACAUUUGACGCCAAACGUUAGCGUUUCCCACAAUCACAGGUACAACAACGUACGGAUUUGCACUUGCACCUUAAAAUGGGUCGUCGAUGAUGAUACCGCGGCACCCGUAUUUGGACAAGCUGCACCAGCUGUGGUAGCUCGUCACAAGAAGCGAAAAAAUAAACGAAAGAAAUUAAAAAAUAAACAAACCAAUCGGCGGAAAAUUAAAACAUAAUUUAUGGAAAGGACGGACGGAAUCCGGCGGUAGAUGUGUCUCGUUGCUAGUAUUUGUGUGAUUAUCAAGCUACCGUAGAAGUGCUGUUAGAGAUAAGAGAUAUAUUUGCAGCCUCAGUGUUCAUGGUAGAUGUCUUAUGAUUCGAUGCAGUUGUGAAUAGUGAAGAAGCGGUUAGCCUGUACAUACGAAUUGUUCAGCAGUAGCAGCAAGAUAGAUCACAAUAAUACCUCAAUCAUUCUCAGCAACCCGCUCUCGCAUUAGAACUGGGAAGACAUCACCCAUACCAAUCGGUAAGCCCAUAUCAGAGUGAAUCGCAUGCAGUGACGCCAUACCAGUGUGAUAUCAGUGAUUAAUUGACCAGUUUCCGGCUGCGAAGUAUUAAUAACCAUCGUGACAGCCCGAAGAAGAAGAAGAAGAAGAAAAAGAAGUAAAUACUCGACAAAAUGUCUAAGAAACCAACGGCGGGACCGGCACUGCACAAGGUCAUUAUGGUCGGUAGCGGUGGCGUCGGCAAAUCGGCGCUCACACUGCAAUUCAUGUACGAUGAAUUUGUGGAGGACUAUGAACCGACCAAGGCAGAUAGCUACAGGAAAAAGGUUGUUCUAGACGGCGAGGAGGUACAAAUUGAUAUUCUAGACACGGCGGGUCAGGAGGAUUAUGCGGCCAUUCGCGACAACUACUUCCGCAGCGGUGAAGGGUUCCUGUGCGUAUUUUCGAUUACUGAGGACGAUAGUUUUCAGGCAACGCAGGAAUUCCGGGAGCAAAUAUUGCGUGUGAAAAACGAUGAAAAUAUUCCGUUCCUCCUGGUCGGCAACAAGUGCGACCUGAACGACAAACGGAAAGUGCCACUGGCCGAGUGUCAGGCCAGAGCUCAGCAGUGGGGUGUGCCAUACGUCGAAACGUCGGCGAAGACACGGGAAAACGUUGAUAAGGUGUUCUUCGAUUUGAUGCGCGAAAUACGCUCACGAAAAACGGAAGAUUCCAAGACAACAAAUGGACGCGCCAAAGAUAAAUCUAAACGAAGGAAAAUCAAGUGUACACUGAUAUAGAGAAGCCCCCAAUGAAAAAUACCAGCAGAACAAACACUUACACUUAUAUACAUACACGUACACACAUACAACAUUCGGUGAAAAUUCUCGAUUUUAUUAUACUUUUUAUUAAGUUUAAACUAUGUAUCAUUAUACUGAAACAAAACAGAUUACUGAAUAAGACAGUGCGAAUAGAAGGUAUCCGUAAAAUAAGGCAGUCGCGACUGCAAAUUAUUGCUAAUUAUUUGUUAAAAAAUAAUGCUAAGGUCAGGAGGAUACAUCAUUCAAACCAAUGCGCAAGAAAAAGAGAAUAAAACCGUCUAAUAUAGGUCGAAUAUUGGUGUACAUAUUUUGCUGUCGCGCUUGUGUUUUCAUACAUUUGUCCUGUUUUUGUUGGCAUUGUAUCUGUUGUACCGUUGCUUUAUUAUUUUAAUGCCUUAUUUUUUCUUUUGUAUUUUUUUUGUAUUUGUUCGCGAAACUAGCGCUACAGUAACUCGCUCUAUUCCAGCAAAGUUGGUCUAGUGUUUUGCACAGCAAGUUGAACUUUUUUCGUUCAUUUCUAUCCCAUCUCUUAAUUUACAACACAUUUAAUUUAGGAGUUAAAAUCUCUUCUAAUUUUUGGCAUGUUUGGCGCUGGGCGGCGAUGAUGCAAUUUUGUAAUCAAAUUG